UUUUCCGCGCGAUUAGUAACACUCUGAUUGUAAUGAAGUGCGGGUGAAAAAAGUUUUGCGAUAAAAACACAGUGGUUUAGUUCGUGAUAGGAUUUGCGUGAACUGAAUGCCAGAAUAUAAAAAGUUCUGGUGGUGGAAAAUUUAAAUGUGUUGAACGAUAUACGAAGAAGGUAAAUAUGGCUGAAACAGAUGUAACGGAGGACACUUAUAUUGCCUCAAAGGACUUACCAAUCACAUUUAAGGUCAAAUACUUAGGAAGCGAACAUGCCAAAGGACUAUGGGGAAUUAAGCAUACACGACGACCGGUCGAUCAUUUAGUCACAAUAGCGAAAAAUCUACCGCCAAACAAAAUUCUACCUCUCUGCAAUUUAACCGUUGCAUUAGACGGUGUAAUAAUCGAGACCGCCCACAAAAGUGGUAACAAAAGUUGGAAAUAUGCAAUCGACACAAUAUCGUACGGUGUUCAGGAUCUGGUAUACACACGAGUAUUUGCCAUGAUCAUCGUCAAGGAAAAUUACAAUUUAAGGGACGAAAAUCCGUUCGAAGUUCAUGCAUUUGUUUGUGAUAGCAGAGCUCUGGCUCGUAAAUUGACAUACGCAUUGGCGGCAUCGUUUCAAGAGUAUUCCAAAAGGGUGAAAGAGGAAGAACAAUUGGCAAAGGACAGUGGACAGCCGAUUGAACGUAAGAAAUUUGCGAUAGAUUUACGAUCUCCUGAAGAAAUCAAACAGGAAUUAGAUGAACAGGAGACGGAAGCUUAAUUGUGUUCGUCUUUCGUCAGUGUUUUUGGUGUUCUAAAUAUAUUGAGUGUUUUGAAUAAAGUU